AUAGAAGUGCUAGUUUGGAAUCACUUUUCAGUUCAGUGGCUCGCGAAGCGUGAAAGUAUCUAAAUCGGGGCAAAAUGGAUAGCGGCAUACAGGAAUUCUUUAAGAACAAGACCAUUUUCAUAACGGGUGGCACAGGAUUUUUGGGAAAAGUUAUUACUGAGAAACUGCUGCGGACAACGGAGGUGAAUCGCAUAUACUCGCUGAUCAGGCCGAAGCGGGGUAAGCCCAUCCAAGAACGCAUCUCAACCUGGGAAAAGGAUCCGGUGUUCGAGGUGCUCCUGCGGGCCAAGCCAGAUGCCCUGCAGCGAGUGUGCCCCAUUGCGGGCGAUUGCCUGGAUCCGGAUUUGGGGAUAAGUGAGUCGGAUCGAAGGCUCCUGGCCACCGAGGUGCAGGUUGUCAUCCAUGGAGCUGCCACCGUGCGAUUCGACGAGGCCCUGCACCUAUCCCUGGCCAUCAAUGUGCGCGCCACCCGUCUGAUGCUGCAGCUGGCCAAGCAGAUGACCCGCCUGGUCUCCUACGUGCACGUGUCCACUGCCUACUCCAACUGCGUGGUGACCGACAUCGCAGAGCGGUUCUACCCGGAGCACUUGGAGUGCAGUUCGGACCAGAUCCUGGCCCUCGGCGAGCUGAUGAGCGAUGAGAUGCUGGACAAGAUGAGCCCUGCUCUGGUUGGCUCGUUCCCCAACACCUAUACCUACACCAAGGCUCUGGCCGAGGACGUGAUCCUGAGGGAGGCGGACGACCUGCCCUUGUGCAUCUUUCGACCGGCGAUCAUAAUGUCCACCUACAAGGAGCCACUGCGUGGGUGGGUGGACAACCUAUUCGGACCCCUGGCCCUGUGCUUCGGAGGAGCUCGGGGCAUAAUGCGUGUCACCACGGUGGACCCCAAGGCCAAGAUUAGUAUAGUCCCAGCCGACUUUUGCGUCAACGUUGCUCUGGCCUGUGCCUGGAAGACGGCGCAGUCAUCUGGCCACAAGCAGAAGGCCAAUAAGCCCCCGAUUUACACAUUUGCGCCGAGCGAGAAUAAUUUGCUGACCUACGGCGACUUCAUUAGGUCAUCGGUUGCGUAUCGCGACAUCAUUCCACUGACCAAGAUGCUGUGGUACCCGUUUGUCCUGUGCAUCUCCACCACGUCCCUGUUUCCGCUGGCUGCCUUUUUCUUCCACACCCUGCCGGGCUACUUCAUCGAUCUGUUGCUGCGCCUCAAGGGCCGCAAGCCCAUCCUCGUCGAUCUCUACCGGAAGAUUCACAAGAACAUUGCUGUCCUUGGCCCCUUUUCCACAACCACAUGGCACUUUGACAUGGCCAACACGAUGGCACUGCGGGACUCGAUGACCAAGCAGGACCUCAGCGUGUACGACUUCGACAUGUCGCGUCUGGACUGGGACGACUUCUUCAAGUCCGCCAUGUACGGAAUGCGACUGUAUAUUGGAAAGGAGCUGCCCACCGCAGAGUCCAUUGCCAAGGGGCUGAAGCUGAGAUUGCGCCUGAAGAUCCUUCACUAUGCAUUCACAUCCUCGCUGGUCUCUGCAGCUGGGUUCGUCCUGUGGUCGCUGGCCAAACUGGUAGUUUAAUUGUAACUUGUAACUGCUGCAAUUUAUUGUGUCCGCAUAUUCCCAUUGCUUCA